AUGGAUAUGGGAAAAGCUAGAAUGCUUCUUGAUGGGAAAAAUUUUCGUGAGAUUAAGUGUAAUUGUUGGUCUGCUGAUGAAAGAGUACGUGAUUGUGAUAAAACUGGAGUUGAUGUGCAGGUUCUUUCUACAGUUCCUGUAAUGUUUUCUUAUUCAGCUAAACCGCAACAUACUCUUGAUUUAGCAAGAUAUCUAAAUGAUCAUAUCGCACAAGUAUGUGCUGAAGAUCCAAAACGAUUUAUCGGACUUGGUACACUUCCAAUGCAAUCACCUGAAUUGGCUGUACAAGAAUUAAGAAGAUGUAUAAAUGAACUUGGACUGGUUGGUAUACAGAUCGGUACUCAUAUUAAUGAUUGGAAUUUAGAUGCCCCUGAAUUGGAACCUAUAUGGGAAACUUGUGAAGAACUUGACGUUGCAAUUUUUGUUCAUCCAUGGCCUUGUGAGACAACAAUAUCAAUUUGUUCAUUGAUUUUUGGUGGUGUUCUUGAACGAUAUCCAAAUCUCAAAUUUUCAUUUGCACAUGGUGGUGGUUCUUUUCCUGCAACAAUAGGACGUAUAGUUCAUGGUUUUAAUGUUAGACCAGAUUUAUGUGCUAUAAAAAUAAAAAAAAGUCCACUUGAAUACCUUGAUCGUAUCCAAACAGAUUCGCUUGUUCAUGAUGAAGAUACACUUAAAUUUCUAAUUAAAAAGAUAGGGAUAGAUAGAAUAAUGCUUGGUAGUGAUUAUCCUUUUCCACUUGGAGAAGAUCAUCCUGGUAAAUUAAUUGAAGAUUGUGAAUGGUUAACUGAUGAAGAUAAAGAAAAAUUGUUAAGUGGAAAUGCUUUAAGAUUUUUAGGACUUGAAGGUAAAAAAGAAGUAUUUAAUGAUAAGAAUUAG